AUGCUCGGAAAGCCGCAUGCCCCUCCCGCACAAUCGGUGCCCUGCAGUGCGGACUAUUUGGUGGAACCUGGAACUGUCAGCUUCAUACUGUUGGCUGGGGGAGUUGGGAAAAGGAUGGGGGCAAGCAUUCCAAAGCAGUAUUUGGAGCUUCUCGGCCAACCCAUUGCCAUGUACAGCUUGCAAACGAUGUCAUCCAUGCCAGAGAUUGGGGAAGUUGUCAUCGUCUGCGACCCCUCGUACCGGGAGCUUUUUCAGGGUUACUAUGACAGGCUGCCUGUCAAGCCACUUCUAGUCUUUGCUGAGCCCGGCAAGGAGAGGCAAGACAGCGUCUACAAUGGCUUUGCGGCUUCAAACCCGGACUCAGUCCUAGUUGCCAUACACGAUUCAGCCCGGCCCCUUGUCACAGUACAGGAUGUGAGACGAUGCCUGAAAGAUGGUCUGGAGGUGGGUGCUGCAGUGCUGGGAGUGCCGGUGAAGCCCACAAUAAAAGAGGUGGACAGUGACAGGAAUGUGGUGAAGACACUCGCUCGUGCUGCAUUGUGGGAAGUGCAGACUCCCCAGGUUAUCAGACCCGCUUUGCUGAAGGAAGGUUUUGAGCUGGUCAGAGAGAAAAGUCUGGAGGUGACAGACGAUGUGUCCAUCAUUGAGGCACUUGGCAGGCCGGUGCGGGUCACUCAGGGGUCUUACACAAACAUCAAGGUCACCACUCCUGAUGACAUGUCUGUUGCAGAGCGCUUCCUUAGCGAGAAUGAAGCAGCUAUUGUCGAGGUGAACGCAUAG